AUGGCUGACAACGGUCCCUCCAAUUUGAUCGAUCCGUCCAUUUUCGAUUACCUCAAGGCUCAUGGCGAGGAGGAGAUCGAAGUCGGUGACAAGCUUCACCACAUCACCUCUGCUCUCAAUCGUCACAUCUCAACCUGCCAAGGCUUUCUCAGCCGUAUCCAUUCGACUCCCAGCUCUAAGCUGCUGCCUCUGCUGAAGCAAGUUGAGGAGGAUGGUAUCAAGCCCGAAAUCGAAAAUGUUGGCGAGCUAGCCCAGUUUGCGUCUAACUAUCCUUACUACAAGUACAACCACAGAUGGUCCCGAAGUAUCCAGAACGUUGUUGGCACCAUCUUAUUGACCGGCUGGUUGGGUGGUUUGGGGACCGAGUCGCGCCCAGGCGAGCUUGGCCGUCUUCUGACUAUCGGAGAGGUCGGGGAGCUUUUGAAAGUACCCGUCAAUCUCAAGGAUAGAGAUGCAUUUCACAUUACUAUCGAGGAAUACAUCCUAGCCCUGACAGAUAUCACCGAGGAGCUCAGCCGGCUAGCUAUGAACUCGGUAACGAUGGGUGAUAUCGAUCUGACGGUUAGAAUCAGCAGCUUCAUCAAGGACCUAUUUGCCGGCUUCCAGCUGCUCAACUUGAAGAACGACAUCGUUCGGAAGCGAGUCGAUGCCGUCAAGUACCACGUUAAGAAAGUUGAGGAUGUCAUCUACGAUCUGUCGCUUCGUAACUUGAUCCCCAAGCAUGAGACUAGCUCCUGA